CCCUUCCACAGGUGGUGGGCCCAUGGGAAGGGGGAUCCAUAUUACCCUUUCGGGCUGUGUAAGUUUAGUGAUUGGGGCAGUCCCGAUGGGGGUCUGUGAUUAUUGUAUUUGUAAAGACUUAUUUGUGUUUAAUAAGUGUUUCAUUGGGGGUUUAAUGAGAGUUGUUUUUGUGUCACACAUUACGAGGAGGUUUGGUGCAGCGUGGUCCCACCCCAACAGCGAUGAUAUAUGGCUGAAACGUAUUCUUAUGUUUUGUGGAUUAGGAUGUUCUACUUUUACGAUAGAAUGCUCCCCCCCACUUUCCUCUUCUCCUAGAGAGAGGUUUUUCGACGGGGAGCCGCGAAGCAUUGGUGCUCCCACGAGGAUGCAUGUACAAAUGUGUAAAUUUAGAUUUAGUUAGCUUUGUGUUGGUAUUGUUUGUGCAUAGGAAAUUUGAUUGAUUUGGCUAUUUGGUUCUCACGUGUGGCCUCAGGUGGCGACAAGGGGAGACGGAGCAAUUCGACCUUAAUAGGAUCAUUGCCUGUCCUAGUUAAAAGUUAACUUUAAUUAGACGCCUUGGAGCAUUGUAGGGUUUCUUUGACCAAUUAGUUUUAAGAAUUGUAGGUAACAUGUUACUGCAGUCACCAGCCCGGGAGGACCAUAGGGAACUUUGCUCUCUCCAUUCCUGUUCCCCCUGUACACAUUGGACUUCAAGUACAACUCCGAGCGCUUCCACGUGAUGUUUGUCGACAAUACUGCGAUCGUGAGUUGUAUUAGGAAUGGACGGGAGGAAGAGUCUAGGACACUGAUUAAGGACUUUGUGACAUGAGACCAAAGUGAAGAAAGAAGCACAAGUGAGAGGUACAGGAAGAGUGCCAGAACGACUCCACAGGUCUGGACAGGGAUUCUACAAUGAUGGACAAACAUCCAGUGAAGGCAAUUGUGCUGCAAAAGGAAAUUGGCCUGCUGAGCGCUGUCUGUUUGAUCGUCGGCAACAUGAUCGGCUCAGGCAUCUUCAUCUCCCCAAAAGCGGUCCUGUUCUACUCUGGAGCUGUGGGGCCCUGCCUCCUCAUAUGGACUGCCUGUGGAGUGUUAGCCAUUCUGGGAGCGCUGUGCUACGCCGAGCUGGGCACCAUGAUCUCAAAAUCCGGGGGGGCGUAUUAUUAUCUGAUGGAGGCUUUUGGCUCCCCGGUGGCCUACCUUUACUCGUGGACCACCGUGAUGGUAGUCAAGCCCGCGGCAUUUUCCAUUCUCGCCCUGAGCUUUGCCGAGUACGCUUCAGCUCCUUUCUUUCCUGGAUGCAACCUUCCUGUUAUGGUCACCAAGUGUCUGGCGGCUGCAGCCAUAGUUUUCAUUGUGACCAUCAACUGCUUCAGUGUCAAACUAGCGAGUUACGUACAAAACAUCUUCACUGCGGCCAAACUUUUAAUCAUCCUCAUCAUAGUGGGAGCAGGCAUUGUUUUAUUGGUACAAGGAAAAACAGAGAACUUAUCAAAUACAUUUGAUGGCAAGUCAGUGUCUGUUGGAGGAAUUGGAUUUGCGUUUUAUAGUGGACUCUGGGCCUAUGAUGGAUGGAGUCAACUGAAUUUUAUCACAGAGGAGCUGAAAAACCCUGUCAGGAACAUGCCAUUAGCUAUCAUCAUUGGGAUCCCCUUGGUGGCAGUGUGCUACGUGAUGACCAACAUCGCUUAUUUCACAGUCUUGAGCAGAGAUGAAAUAUUGCGGUCCCCAGCGGUAGCUGUGGCUUUUGGAGACAAAGUCUUUCACUCUAUGUCGUGGAUCGUUCCGUUUUUUGUCCUCUUUUCCACAUUUGGCUCGGCCAAUGGCAGCUGCUUCACUGCAGGCAGGUUGGCCUAUGUAUGUGGGAGAGAAGGUCACAUGGUGGAAAUUUUAUCUUAUAUUAGUGUGAGGCGCUUAACCCCAACCCCAGCUCUUUUGUUUAACGGUUUUCUGGCUAUUUUAUACAUAAUUCCAGCAGACAUCAACACCCUCAUCAACUACUUCAGCUUUGCUCAGUGGUUUUUCUGCGGCCUGACCAUAUUGUCUCUUAUUGUCAUGCGUUUCACUAAGAAGGAGCUGAAAAGACCAGUCAAGGUCCCCAUCAUAAUCGCUGUCCUAAUGGUGCUGGUCAGUUGCUACCUGGUCCUGGCCCCCAUCAUUGACAAUCCCAACAUUAAGUUCCUCUACUGCGCUAUCUUCAUUCUCAGCGGGCUCCUCCUGCACUACCCCUUUGUCCAUCUGAAGGUCAAGUGGGCACGCAGACUCAUGAGGCCCAUCACCAAAUAUCUGCAAAUCCUGAUGGAAGUUGUUCCUCCUGAGAAAUUUGAGUGAGGAGGUGACAAGUCGGUCAACUUCCAUUUGGCUCCAGUAGCAGGGAAAGUGCCAGACUCAUUUUUGCAAACUUGGAAUACCUGACGGCAUCUAAGCCAGAACUACGGGGUCAUCUUUGUUAAAUAUCUGCAAACAGUUUGGCAUUGACAUACGGGUCCAAAUGUACACAAAUGAGGAUUCUUGUUCUGUUGUAUUGCUUAUACAUUAAGAGCCGUAACGUUAGGUAUGCACCUGCACAAUCUGAUUAGCUGAUCAUUUUCAGCCUUAACAAAAAUAAAGAUACUCAAUUUUGA